AUGAUGUGGGAAUCUGAGAGUGAUUCCGGGGUUUUAGGAGGAGGAGGAAGAGAGUAUGGUAACGGAGUUCUGAGUUCUAACAAACAUGGCGGCGUCAAGACUGAUGGGUUCGAGCUUAGAGGCCAAUCUUGGUUUGUUGCUACGGAUAUCCCCAGCGACCUUCUGGUUAAAAUCGGCGACAUGAACUUUCACCUGCACAAGUAUCCUUUGCUGUCACGUAGCGGGAAGAUGAACAGAUUGAUCUACGAGUCAAGAGAGCCUGACCCAACGAUACUUAUUCUUGAUGAUCUACCUGGAGGACCAGAAGCGUUUGAACUCGCAGCCAAAUUCUGCUACGGAGUUCCCGUGGAUCUCACGGCAACUAACAUAUCAGGUCUUCGUUGUGCAGCUGAGUAUCUCGAGAUGACAGAGGAUCUUGAGGAAGGGAAUCUAAUCUUCAAGACAGAAGCUUUUCUCAGCUACGUGGUUCUGUCUUCGUGGAGAGACUCCAUCUUGGUUCUAAAGAGCUGUGAGAAGCUCUCGCCUUGGGCUGAGAAUCUUCAGAUUGUGAGGAGGUGCAGCGAAUCCAUCGCUUGGAAGGCUUGUAGUAACCCUAAAGGGAUUAGAUGGGCUUACACAGGGAAAUCUCCAUCUCCAUCGACCACUAACAAUUUCGCGAGCUCUAGUCCGAAAUGGAACGAAUCCAAGGAUUCAAGUUUCUAUUGUAGCCCGAGUAGGAACACUAACACCCAGCCUGUUCCUCCCGAUUGGUGGUUCGAAGAUGUUUCAAUCUUGAGGAUCGAUCACUUCGUUCGUGUGAUCACUGCAAUCAAGGUGAAAGGUAUGAGAUUUGAGCUUCUCGGAGCUGCAAUUAUGCAUUACGCCGGAAAAUGGCUUCCGGGUUUGAUCAAAGAAGGAGGAGUCGCAGUAGCUCCAGCAAUGUCCUCCAUUGGAGGAGGCUUAGGUUUAGGAGGAGACGAAAUGAGUGUGAGCUGCGGAAGCAAUAGCAGCGGAGGAAGCUCCGGUCCCGAUUGGAAAGGCGGUCUCCACAUGGUCCUCUCCGGGAAAACCAACGGACAUCAAGACUCCGUCGCUUGCCUCGCCGGAAUCGGAAUCAGCCCUAAAGACCAGCGAAUGAUCGUCGAGUCACUAAUCAGCAUCAUCCCUCCACAGAAAGAUUCCGUCUCUUGUAGCUUCCUCCUCCGUCUCCUCAGAGCAGCCAACAUGCUCAAAGUAGCUCCGGCGUUGAUCACGGAGCUCGAGAAACGAGUCGGGAUGCAGUUCGAGCAGGCGACUCUUCAGGAUCUUCUGAUUCCGGGUUACAACAACAAAGGGGAGACAAUGUACGAUGUUGAUCUUGUUCAGAGGUUGUUGGAACACUUUCUCGUUCAAGAGCAGACGGAAGGGUCUAGUCCGAGUAGAAUGUCGCCGUCGCCGUCUAUGUACGCCGACGCCGGGAUCCCGAGAGCGAAUAGCAACAACGGUAACGUUAAUCAGAACGCGAAGAUGAGAGUCGCGAGGCUUGUGGAUAGUUAUCUCACUGAAGUGGCUAGAGAUCGGAACUUGCCACUGACAAAGUUUCAGGUUUUGGCUGAGGCGUUGCCUGAAUCCGCAAGGACCUGUGACGAUGGGCUAUACAGAGCAAUCGAUUCAUAUCUCAAGGCGCAUCCGACAUUGUCGGAACACGAGAGGAAGCGGCUAUGCCGAGUGAUGGACUGUCAAAAGCUAUCGAUGGACGCGUGUAUGCACGCGGCUCAGAACGAGCGGUUGCCAUUGCGAGUGGUGGUCCAAGUGCUCUUCUCGGAGCAAGUCAAAAUCAGCAAUGCCUUAGCCAACACAUCACUCAAGGAGUCGACCACGCUUGGGGAAGCCAUGGGUACGUAUCAACCUAUGAUCCCAAACCGCAAGACACUGAUCGAAGCCACACCACAAUCGUUUCAGGCAAGGUGGGCUGCAGCUAAGAAGGAUAUUAACACGUUGAAAUUCGAGUUAGAGACGGUGAAAACGAAGUAUGUUGAGCUUCAGAAUGAGAUGGAAGUGAUGCAAAGACAGUUUGAGAAGACCGGGAAAGUGAAGAACCCUUCGUCUUCGGCUUGGACCAGCGGUUGGAAGAAGUUAAGCAAACUGACUAAGAUGAGUGGACCGGAGAGUCAAGAUUUGGUCGGAGGAGAACAAGUUGGUGUUGAACAUCAACCCGCGAGGAAACCAAGACGAUGGAGGAACUCGAUUUCUUGA